AUGCCUGACAAGGAGUUAGACUAUAUCACUUCGAGGGAACAGGCCUCUUCUACGGAUAAAGAUGGUGGCGUUUACAUCAAUGCCUUUGAUGCCCAGGACAACAAGGCUGAUAUGGGCUUGUGGGAUAGGUUCGUCGACGGAUUUAGGAGGUUUGACGAAAAAGAUUUGGGAAUUGAUCCAGGCUUAUCCGAUAUCGAAAAAACUGCCAUCAUCACUGCCAACUCUCCUUUGUCUCGUUCGCUUAAAGACAGACACUUGCAGAUGAUCGCUAUUGGUGGUGCUAUCGGUACUGGUUUGUUUAUUGGUUCCGGUAAGGUUUUAGCCAAUGGUGGUCCCGCUUCCGUUAUUAUCGCUUAUGCUUUGAUCGGUGGUAUGAUUUAUUCUACCGUUCACGCCUUGGGUGAAUUGGCUGUCACUUUCCCUGUUUCUGGUGCUUUCGUUACUUACAACACUCGUUUGUUAGAUCCUUCCUGGUCGUUCGCUAUGGCCUGGAAUUACGCUAUGCAAUGGUUGGUCGUCUUGCCUUUAGAAUUGGUCGCCGCUGCUAUUACUGUUCAAUAUUGGGAUGAAAAGACUAAUUCGGCUAUAUACUGUAUUGCCUUUUAUGUUUUGAUUAUGGGUAUUAACCUCUUUGGUGUUAAAGGUUACGGUGAAGCUGAGUUUAUUUUUUCUGCCAUUAAGGUUAUUGCUGUCAUUGGUUUUAUCAUUCUCGGUAUCGUCAUCAUUUGCGGUGGUGGUCCUGAAGGUGGUUACAUUGGUGGUAAGUACUGGCAUGACCCUGGUGCUUUCAACCAUGGCUUCAAGGGUCUUUGCUCUGUCUUUGUCACUGCUGCCUUCUCUUUCGCUGGUACUGAGUUGGCUGGUUUGGCUUCUGCUGAAACCAAGAACCCAAGAAGGGCUCUUCCAAAGGCUACCAAGCAAGUCUUCUGGAGAAUCACUCUUUUCUACAUGGUUUCCUUGACCGUUGUCGGUUGUAUGGUUCCAUACGACAACGAAGAAUUGAAACAGUCUGAUGGUACUGCCAGAUACUCUCCUUUCGUCAUUGGUAUUAGAAAUGCUGGCAUCGGCGGCUUGCCAUCUGUCAUGAAUGCUGUUAUUAUGAUUGCCGUCUUGUCUGUCGGUAACUCCUCUGUUUAUGGCUCUUCCAGAACCUUGGCUGCUUUGGCUGCCGCUGGACAGGCUCCAAAGAUUUUCAACUACAUUGACAGAAGAGGUAGACCAAUUUUCGGUAUCCUCUUGGCUGGUAUCUUUGGUUUGAUUUGCUUCAUUUCCGCUUCUGACAAGCAAGGUGAGGCUUUCGACUGGAUGAUGGCCCUUUCUGGUUUGUCCUCCCUUUUCACCUGGGGCUCCAUUUGCGGUUGUCACCUUAGAUUUAGAUACGCAUUGAAGCUGAAGGGUAGAAACACUGAUGAAUUGGCCUACACUUCUCAGGCUGGUAUUAUCGGUUCCAUUUAUGGUAUCUCCUUGAAUAUUUUGAUUCUUAUCGCCCAGUUCUGGAUUGCUUUAUUCCCAAUUGGUGGGAGCCCAGAUGCCGAGGCCUUCUUCAAGGCCUACUUGUCCUUCCCUAUCGUCAUAGGUUUCUACAUCUUCCACAAGAUCUGGAAGAAGAACUGGAGAAUGUGGAUUCCAGUUGAAGAGAUCGAUAUUGAUACUGGUAGAAGAGAGUUGGACUUGGAUCUCUUGAAGCAAGAGAUUGCCGAAGAGAAGGCAUAUAUGGCAAGCAAACCUCUCUAUUACAGAAUCUACCACAUCUUCUGUUAA